AUGGCAUCCGUUGGCGAUGCAGUGGAUGUAACGCGCUUCUCGCCGAUAACCGAAUUCGACAAAGCGGGGAUUGUCUGGAUAUUGGCUCUUCUGGGAGGGGUAUACACGCUACUCACACUGUUCGUGAGAUGGUUCAUUAAACGCGACACGUUUGGGAGCGAUGACUGGACCUUUGUUGGGACGACGCUCUUCGCGGUCGGGGCAUUCCUGCCAACAUAUAUCGCGCUCUCCAGGGGCUUAGCCAAGUCCGAGAGCAUCCUCAGCGAGCGCACGUUAAUCACGAUCGGAAGGAUCGGACGGCCCUACCUUACAUCUCAGAUCUUCUUCAUCCUCACGAUCGCCUUGGCGAAAUGCUCCGUCAUACUCCUGAUUCGAAGGCUCUUCUCGUUGGAUAUGGAGAGCCAUCGACGCUGGUGUCAUAUCAUGCUUGUGGUGGUCAGCGUCUGGGGUCUCGCAUCGGUUCUUGCCCUAUCAAUCGAUUGCGGCCCGAGACAGGUUCUUGGGAUCGGUGGAUCAUUCUGCUCGAACCAGUACCUCCGGUGGCAAUUGGUAGGCGCAUUCGACGCCAUCACCGAAUUGCUGACGUUCUGCCUGUCUUUCGCCCUCAUCCACCGUCUCCAGAUGAAACUCCACCUCCGAGUUCGCGUCAUCCUGGCAUUCGUUUUCCGUGUGCCACUCAUUGCCAUAGCGAUCCUGAAUAUCCAUUUGGUGCAGGGAUGGACUACAAGCUUGGAUCCAGGAGUUGCCAUCGCGGCACCGUUGGUAUGCCAACUGGUAGAACUGGCAUACUCGCUCAUCUCAGCAACGAUUCCAAACCUGAAAUCGUUCCUCAUGAGCUUCGACACUGCCUGGAUGAUGGAGGUGGGCACUUCAUCCAAACCCAUCCCCUAUAGCAACCAAACACCGCCCGAGGAGUAUCAACUAGAUUCGUUCCCUAACUCUCCACGCCAUGCCCCUGGACUAUCGGGCCUUCGGAUUGACCCGGAGCAUCUGACGCUUCGUCCCGAAAGUCUGGAACAUAUUGCUGCGGUGCAGCACCCCGCGAGUGAACGGACGGGGUCUCGGGAAGGGUCGUUUGCAAGUACCAAUUCUCGAGAGCGCAUCAUUCGCUGCGAACAUCGGUGGAAGAUUCAAUACGGUCAACAACCGCAGGACGGUUCAUGAAUGCCAGGCGUUUUGAUUUGGCGGUUCAAGAGGUUCUAUUGAACUCGAGUACAGACAAGAUAACGGAAGCAUAUGCACAUC